AUGGCCAGUUUAUAUCCAUACCCGCCGAUCCCCGCUGAUUGCGAGGAUAGCCUCAAGCCACCAUCGGGCAGGGCAUCCAUCAACUUACCUAGGGAAUUGACCCUGGUGACCAAAACACGCUCGGACAAGUGGGGCUCGCAUGAAGAAGCUGCUGCGCGAGCACUAAGAGAGCAAACCGUGACCCUCGAAAAUGAACGGCUACUGCGAACGCAUCAUCGCACACUGGGACCUUGUCCCUUUGUGUAUGAAGCCACCGAGGCCGAUGGAAAGUCCAUCUGGGUUGUAAGCAUUGGGCCUAAGGUGCCAAUGUACGAUACGCACGCCGGCGGGCGCGAGAUCCACAUUCAUCCAGAGUAUCUGCUCCCUGAGCUGUCGAAGGUGUAUAGUGGGAGUCGCCCAGAUCCCCUGUGCCGUCGUAUAAAUCCCCGACGAUUCCUCACGGCAUCAGAUUUGGAAUUGCUGCGCCGGUUCUUUCCUGCAGCCGUUGGCGCGCGGGUGCUCAUCUCGGGCUUUAUUAUUGUCCUGUUCCCCACUCGCAAGGAUAUCGAGGCUUCGUGGUUGGAAGGUUGUGUGCCGUCCUUUGGGCUGCUGCGCCUGGGAUAUGGAAUCGCAGUUCACUACCCAGCGGUCGCCGUCGCUGAUAGUGGCAAUGCAGUCGCUGGCUCGCUGGAGGAAAGCGAAUCUGUCACAUCCUUGGGUCUGAAACUGCGAUUUGCAGAUGAUUCACAUGGAAUUGCGGUUACGACUCAUGGGUUUGUCGAUAUGAACACGGCACAGGAAAAUAUUGCGCACAAGGAGAGGAGCUUCCUGACAAAGACAAAGUCGGCAUUUUCGAAGGCGACCGCCAUGAAAAUCAAGGAAUGCGUCAAGAUGGGAGCUGCAGUGGACUCGCCGCUGGGAAAAUGCGUGUGGUUCGUUCAGGAGCCAAAAGAGAAAAUCGGACAUGUCACGACGACGUACGACCAUCAUGUCGCGCGAUCCUCCACUUUCCCUCAGACCAUCGACCACGACACCUCAAUCGUCACUGGAGAUCAUCUACCGAAGGUGCUGAAUCCCCCACGCGCACCUAGGAUCAUCGGCUGGGGCAACUAUUGCGACGCAUUGGACGGUCGGCUGGCCUUCACGAUGGCCCUCAGCGCAUUGAGCGAGACGCCCAAGCAAAAGAGUCGCAUGGAUCCAUUUGGCACCAUGCAAAAGGCGGUCGUUGAGGGAACCGAAUAUCUGUGGAACAGAAAAGUACGCACACAAUCGGCUGCGAUGCUUUGGCGAGCGAUGCACGAUGGUACCGAGAUGGAAGGACUGUCGGGCUCGGUGCUCUGCUUGGGAGAGCCGACAGAUCCCAACUGCCGUGCGGUGUUGUUCAAACAUUUUGAAACGCCAAUUACCCCCCAGCACUACCAUGUGAGUGGUGUCCCCUCCGCCCGGGGUGACACUUCAUGGUCGAGUAUCAAUGGAGGCUUUGUGCUUCCUCCUGAGAUCCGCACGGCUGAGAUAGUGUGCGAGGCGGAAGAGUCUACGGGGCUGCCGCUAGAGGAUCAAGCAUGGGACAUUGAGUAA